AUGGCUGCUGCCAGUCCGCCUUCUGGAGCGAGCGACAAUACUAGCACUCCUUCUAAAAUAAGUACUUGUAAGCCAGAACUGGAUUUUUCCAAUCCUUGGAAAAUGAGUGAUCUAGUACUUGUUGUCGAAAACAAGCGAUUUCAUGUUCAUCGUACCAUUUUAUCGAUGUGUUCUCCUGUUUUCGACCGGAUGCUUUCGUCGGACUUCAAAGAGAAAACUGCAACUGAAAUUCCACUUCCUGGGAAGAAGGCGGACGAAAUAGAGGAACUCCUUCGUUCUAUUUACCCUUACGUGGAACAUAAAAUCUGUGAAGAAAACUCCUUUUCUUUGCUAGAGCUUUCAUGUGAAUACCAGCUGGAUAGACUGAAGACUCGAUGUGAAAAGUACUUCAUGUAUAAGAGUAUGACUAAUGACGAAGCACUCGAAUUUGUCGUUAUGGCACAAAGACAUCAGCUUAGUAAUGAACUGAUUCAAAGGUGUAUGCAAAGGUUUGUUUCGCAGGAAACUAACUGGGAAACUCUUAAGAAAAAUGAAUUAUUUUCGCAGCUAGAGCCACGGUAUUCACAACAACUUGUAGAGGAAAGAGUGAAGUACCUGGAGAAGAGGCUGACCUCGUGUAAGUCAACCAUUGAAGUUUUGAAGAUGAAGAAGAGUGACAAAGACGAUGAUGACCAUGGGCCUUGUUCCUAUCGAAGACAUUUUAUGAUGAGGAAACGGUUCAGAGAGCUUGAACACUCGAGUCCGUUUGACUAA